AUGAAGAAACGAAUGGCAAAGUUAAUAAGCUACAAAAGAAAGGAUGAGAAUCGUUAUCGGACCUUUAAUAACGUAAGCUUUGCGGUCAGCAAUGACAACUUAGCAUUCAAAACGAUGUCAACAGCAAAGAAAUCACAGACCGCAGUUUACCCAGCGGUUCAUAAAAAGCGUCGAGAGACGGUGAACAAUAAAAAGCCACUAAAACGGAAGAAAUGGAUUUCAUGGACUUGUUGCUACGAUCGUAAAUGGAUUAAACGUAUUUUCUGUUAUCCAUGCUUAUGCUGUUUCCAUGCGACAUGUUUGAGACGUAAGAAUGGGAAUCUUAACAAUGAAGAUGAUAUAGAUAAGGCGGUUGAGGAAUAUAAGCAACAGCAAAAUAUCGCAAUAAUUGACCAUGACAGUCAAAAAAGCACUUUGAAAUCAGAAAACGGUGCCAGUUGCUUUUGGAGUUGGGAUGAAAGUUGGAAGUCCAACUCUGAUAAAUUUCUCGAGUCACUUGAACUUGAUUGUGUCGGUACCGAUAAAAGCUUAAAAAGAAAAUUACGUCAAUCGAACUUAAAAGUCCGUAUGACGGCAUUCGAUAAGUUUUAUGGUGAAGAAACGCAUCUCUCCGACAAUGCAAACUCACCAGUCAUGGGCAACAGACCAGGACUUGCCACUUCUACUCUCUCGCCAAAUUCUUCAAGCCAUCCACACACACCAUCAUCAACAUCUGCUGAUCCAUGGCCAGCACAGUCUGAUGAAGAUAUUGAUAGACUCGUUGCUAUGCAUCAGAAUCGACACAACUCUUUAAGUUCACUUGGCUUACGCUCUGAUUCAAUGGCAAGCGUUUACUCAGGAGCUGGUGAAGGUCGUUAUGGAACGGUUCAAGUCAAAGGAAUGGUCGAGUUUGGAAUGCAAUACAAUUACAAGCAGUGCGCUUUAGAAAUUCAUGUUAAACAAUGUAAAGAACUUGCAGCUGUUGACACAAAAAGAAACCGAAGCGAUCCAUACGUCAAGGUUUAUCUUCUUCCCGAUAAAACAAAGAGUGGAAAACGAAAAACCAAAGUAAAGAAGCAUACACUUAAUCCGGUAUUUGAUGAAGUUUUACGCUUCUACAUGUCACUAAGUAGCCUCGAAUCAAGAACAUUAUGGCUUACAGUUUGGCAUUCGGAUAUGUUUGGACGAAAUGAUUUUCUCGGUGAAGUGAUGAUUAGUCUUCAAAAUAAAGUUUUUGAUAAUCCGCAACCACAAUGGUAUCAACUUGAAGAAAGGAGUGAACCUUUUGAAGAUGUUGCAACAUAUCGUGGCGAUAUGAUUGUCGGAUUAAAAUUCAUUCCUGGUUCCGAGUCAUCUGGUUCAUCUCACUCACACGGAUUAAGCUUAAGAAAGUUUAGCAUCAAAUCGAAUUCAUCGUCCAAUAGUGCCAAUAAUGGAUCACCAGGUGGACCGUCAUCAUGCUCGAAAACCACAAAAGGUUCGCUUCACAUUCUUGUUAAAGAGGCUAAGCAUUUGUCACCUGUGAAAGCGAAUGGAAAUUGUGAUGCUUUCUGCAAAAGCUAUCUUCUUCCUGACAAGAACCGCAGCACAAAGCAGAAAACACAUGUUGCGAAGAGAACGACUAGUCCUCAAUGGAAUUACACAUUUAUUUACGAGGACGUAACACUGGCUGAAUUAUCAGAACGCGCAUUGGAACUUACAAUAUGGGAUCAUGACAGACUAGCCAGUAACGAAUUUUUAGGAGGCGUAAGAUUUUCUUUGGGAACGGGCAAACAUUAUGGACGAGUUGCCGAGUGGAAUGAUGGGAAUGGAAAGGAAAUAACACUCUGGCAAUCGAUGAUAAAUCGUCCCAACUUUUGGGUGGAAGGAUGUUUGUCGUUGAGGUCAACAUUAGAGAAUCGUUUGGGCUCAUAAAAAUCAAUUCUAAAUUAAACAUAACUUUGUAUCUUUCAUGAAAAGAUUAUGAAACUUUCUUUAGAAGAAACUAAGCAAUUUUUCAUACAUUUUCCUCCUUUUUCCAGCAAUAAAUUUUCGCUCAUUAUUCUGAGAUGAUAAAUUAAGUAAGUUGAAUUCAAUAAUUAAUGCAAUUAUUAAUUAAAAGAAUAAAAUAAUAUUAUAUUAUUCAAAAUAAGAAAAGUAAAUAUUCAUCGACUUCAAGAUUUUCAUCUUCUUCCUCCUUACUUUGUUUGAUUUUUCUCAAAGAUUUUUCUGUGUUGGAAAAACAACUCUUUUGAAAAUAUAGAUUUCUGAGUAGUAGAAGUUUAAUGUUUAAAUUAAAUUAUAUCAGAAAUAUAUUCGAAAAAAAAUAAAGUAAGAGAAUGAAAACAAAAUUUUUUUGAACAUUUUCCGGAUAGAUGAAAAAUAAGAAAAGUGAAAGUAAUUGAAAGGAAAACUAAUCUUAUGACUUUCACAUUAAAUUUUAAGGUCAAUCCACAAUUGUAAAUUUGAGGAAAAAAUCUAAUUGAACUUAUUGUGAUCAAUGAAAAAAAAAGAUGAUUAUUAAUUAAUUCGUCAAAUGUAGGAAGACUAGAGAAGAGGAAGAAGUAAUAAAUGUUGCCCGAUGAAAAUCUUUUCUCUAAAAACUUGUACGUGUUUUAAUUUCUGUCUUCUUUUCUCUGUUGAUUGUGCAAUUUUUCCUUUCGUUCUUUUGGCGUUGUAAAUCGUGAUAAAAUUGAAAAAAAAAGAAGUAUAAUAAACUUAAACUGUAAUCACUUUCAAUCAAUCCAAAUUAUUGUCCCCAAAGUAUUAGAAAGUUUGUAAAAGUUACACUGGAAGCAUCGCAACCAGUUAGAGAUUGGAAAUUAGAUGUUUAAUAGAAUUGAAGAAGUUAAUAUGAAAAAGUAGGAAAUAUUUGAUAAAAUAUUGAGUAUGAGUAUGUAGACACUUUUCACAUUAUCUACAACCACAUCUGAUGGUUCAAAUGCCUUCUGAAGCAGCUCACAAUGUUCAUUGAUAAGAAAUCACAAAAUUGGAAGAAUUUGUAAAAAUGAUAUUCCAACAUGUUAAAUAUUUCAUUCCAUUUGGAAAAUAAGAAACACGAUAAAUUUUAAAUGUAGAACUUGAAUACAGAGAAUAAAAAACAAACAUUUGGAAAAAUUAAUAAAGAAAGAAUGACUUAAAA